CCCAAAUUCCGUUGCGCCACGACAUAUCGAGUACGCGCGCGAGAGAGCGAGAGAGCCCUGGGGGUGCUUAUAGAAUCUGCUAGAACCGUCUAGCGAUGGUGUGAUUUGGAAGCAUAUUUCCAUUACAAAACCGAUAAUCAAUCAAAAAGGAACUGUGCCCUGGAUUUCUCAAGGUAAAUUUGCCGAUGAUACUAUGGAUUGUUCGAAGUCGGACAUGAUGGAGACUGAAUUUGCGUCAAAUAGAGCCGGCGAAGGCGAUUCUGUUCGCGACUUGCUCACAUUGGCUCGGCAAUUCAUCGAUCAACGAAACCCUACCCAAGCCCUCCAAGCGGUUGUAAUGGCAAUGAGAACCCAAGGUGGGGAUGCGGCAGUCAUUCAAUCCUUGCACCGUGCCCGUGAGCUGUACAGAACCCGAUUUCAGGAGACUGCUGAUGUUGAUCAACUAGCUUCUUUAUUUGCAGAGUGUGCCAUAGCUGAAGCCCAACCUCUGAACCCUGAACCUACAGAUAGUAACAAUGACAUAUCUGGCUCUUUGGUUGUGGAUGCUCACGGUAAUUCUAUUCUGGCAGAAACUGGUAGGAUGCAAAUUGUUAUGGAUGCAUUCUCAGACGGGAGCAGUUUUAUUUGUUUGCAAUGUGGGGGUCUUGUUAGUAACCAUCGCAAAGAUGAGCAUUAUGCAUAUUGGUGUGCCCGGAUCUAACUUGUAUUCGGGAACCAAUCUUCAUUCUUGUCUUACCUGGCGAAAAAGAAUCCUCCAAAACUUGUAUUUGUGUCUUUUGAUUUGUACAUGGCGCAGCUGCUUUUAUGUUGGUACGCCCCUAGUUGUUGUUAAUGCUAGUCAAGCUAAGGUUUUAAACGAUGUAGCCGAUUGUUGUAAGUGGGUUCUCCCUUGAGUAGCUUUCAACAUCUUCCUCCGUACAAGUGAGAAGAAAAGUAUAAACAUGAUCAAUAUGAUUUGCAAAGAUCAUUUGGAUUCAAAA